AAUCGCAGUUAGAUUUUGUAAAGUUGUUACUGUGAUAUCUGUGACUUCUCAAUCACUGUGAUUUCUAACAGAUACGCGAUUUCCUGCCCACCACUACGUAUGAGAGCCAUAUCCAAGACAUCUCGUACUUCAUUUCAUGCGUGUAUUAAGCGCUAGCAGGCGAAAAAAAUAUAGAUAUCAAUUCGAGUUGCUAGGUGUUACCGCUGUGCGCUGUCUCGUGCGAAACUAAUGCAUUCUUACUAUUAUAUUUAUAGGCUCUGAGGGCAUAUUGAAAACUUUUCCACUACAGAGUUUGUGGCGUACUGUGCGAGCCCUCGGCGAUAAAUGGCAUCACUUCAAUUACGAAUAUAGAUCGUUUUAAUAACCAUGUAUGGCUACAAUUGUAAUUCUCUUUCCCUUAAUGGCUUAAGAGGGCUUUCCCGUUGUUGGAGCUCGAGUUGCCUUGUCACAGUAAGGGACAACAUAGCUUUUGUGGAAGUUCUUUGCGUAGUUCAUGUUAUUUGUAAACAAAAACCUUAAAAACAUUAGGACGUAGAUAGCAUGAGAGAUAAGGAGUGUAACAGAAACUUUUAGUAAGAAAUUAAACUGUUGUAUAAGUCCGCAAGGAGUGCUUUUCUACGAAUUUGUAGUGCUGACAGUUGUUUUUAUGGCAAACAUCGAAGGAUGACGGAAGAGUCAGCCAGUACGCACUCUCCGAAAAAGAAACAGAAGAUGUCACAGGAGAACACCAAUAAAUGGAAAAUUUUAUGUAUCCAUGGGUAUCGACAGAAUGGUGAUGUUUUCAAGCAGAAAACGGGAGCUCUCAGGAAGGUGUUGAAAAAACAUGCAGAAUUCGUUUUUGUGACAGCUCCUAUGAUGGUACCACCUCUUGAAACAAGUGAACCACAGACAACAGAUGAAUCAUCUAAUCUAGAACAGUAUGGCUGGUGGUUCUCAGAUGAGAACAAUGGAUUUAAUUCAAAGAAACCUUCAGACAUUUGCAUCGGUUUCACUAAAAGCUUGGAGGUGAUAACCAAUGCUUUUAAGGAAAGUGGUCCUUUUGAUGGAUUACUUGGAUUUUCACAAGGCGCAUCUUUUGUCAGUGUGUUGUGUGGUAUGCAAGAAAGGGGAUGUUUGUCAUUUUCUUUCAAAUUUGCGAUUUUGAUAGCGGGCUUUAGAUCAUUGUGUUCUCCUCACUACAAGAACUACCUGAAGACAGUUAAGAUUCCUACUUUACAUGUGUAUGGUGAAACAGAUCAGAUAAUUCCAAAAGAAAUGAGUGAGGAACUGACAUCUUACUACUUAAAUCCGAUAAAAAUGGUGCAUUCUGGUGGUCAUUAUGUACCAGCAUCUGGAAAAGAUGUGUACAUUAAGUUCCUUGAAGAAGGCAUCUGGGAAGUCAUGGAAGAAGAGGAAUGUGAAGAAAAUGAGUCAGUGAGUGGAUGUAAUGAUGAAUCAGAGGACAGUGAAACAUAGCUGCUGCAUUCUGAGGAAAAGCAGCAUUGUUCUAUUAAGUGAAACUAUUGCAG